AUGGGCUACAUACGUAUCACCUUGGAUAAUGGCAGUGGUAAUGCAGAUAUGAGGAAUAUGGAGUUAGCUACUAUAGAUCAGAUACAUAUCGAUCGAAAAAGUGGGUACAGUUUAUGUGUAUUCAAUGCUGGCAGCGAAGUUAUGCAUCGUCAUUUUGGACGAUUUAGAAAGAGAGACGAGUUUUACUCCACCAAUGUUCCACGUUUAUCAUUCGUGGCAAAUUGUUUGCUCUUUGAACUGAAGAAAACCACCAUUAAAUGGAGGCGACGCCUUGCACGUUUUGCCAAAAAGAAGUUCGCCCAUAAAGCGAAAAGACAAAGCAAACGGCUGAAAGGAAGCAUGUACAGCUGCGACAACAGUCUGAUGCUGGAACUUGGAGCAGAACUCUCUUCGAUUGUCCCCAAGUCGGCCAUGUUUAUUUCGGUGCGUUCUGCUCCGAGCCGGUUGUGCCUUUACAACCGGAGAGGCCUGCUCGACCUAGACAAGGACUCCUUAUUGAGGAUUAUUCGGCAGAUGGACGGUCCAACUAUUUUCUGCUUUGCCCGAGUGUGUCGUGGAAUUAGAGGUGUUAUUUUAGCAAAUAUUACGUCGCUGCCGAAAAUGAAGUCUGUUAUGUAUGACAUGUUCAUUGAUUUUAACAAACAUAUCGAUCGAGAAGACGUACGUGUAUUGAAGUGUGGCCGUUCCGUAGGAGCAAACUCAAAUACUGCACGUUCUAUUCGAAAACUUCUUCCUCCAAUGCUUUGUUGCCAGCUACGGAUUCACUUCGGCAACAACGUUCAUGUGUCUAACUGGUUGUCAGAAAUUUACUGUUUAUACAAUGAAAAUCGUCUUCAUCCUAAAGUCUUCAUCUUCAAUGGUGGUUCGAUUUCUGAAGCCGCCAGUCGACCUCGUUUUACUGGAGCUGAUCUGCAGUGUUUUUCGGAGAAAAAUUUCAAUGCCGCCAUCAGCCUCUUCGUUCCACACUUGGAAGAAGUUCAACUAGCAACGUCUAGGCUGUUUCGGAUUACCAACCCGCCCUAUUUCUUAUUCUCUAUGAUGGAGUUGGUUUCUGUGUUCGGAAUGACUUAUGAGCAGCUGCCUGUUUACUUCGAUGUGGGAGAUAUUUGCAGAAUUAUCUGUCUGUGGCGCUAUAGCUCCCGGUCUCAUAGCUGCGAAAUUUACAUACGUGAACCUCGUGGAUGUGAUAAGAUGAACUGGCUACGAUAUGGUAGAGUAGAAACGGAUGAACGAAAUCGGGUAAAAGCUGUCAGGGUAACUCACGACACACUUCAAGAAGUCGUACUUACUGUGAACUUUAUUUCGAUUUGA